CAGUCAAAGAUGGCGGUGCGGAAGAAAGACGGCGGCCCGAAUGUAAAAUAUUUCGAAGCGUCUGAUACCGUUUCUCAGUUUGAUAAUGUCCGCGUCUGGCUGGGAAAGAAUUACAAAAAGUACAUCCAAGCCGAGCCCCCCACCAACAAGUCUCUGUCCAGCCUGGUGGUCCAGCUGCUCCAGUUCCAGGAGGAGGUGUUCGGCCGGCAUGUCAGCAACCCUCCGCUCACCAAGCUGCCAAUGAAGUGUUUUCUGGACUUCAAGUCAGGAGGGGCUCUGUGCCACAUCCUGGCUGCUGCCUACAAGUUCAAGAGUGACCAAGGAUGGCGCAGGUUUGACUUCCAGAAUCCGUCGAGGAUGGACCGAAAUGUGGAGAUGUUCAUGACGAUUGAGAAGUCUUUAGUGCAGAAUAACUGCCUGAGUCGACCUGUCAUCUACCUGAGCUCUGACAUCGAGCCAAAACUUCUCGGGAAACUGAAAGACAUCAUCAAAAGGCAUCAGGGCUCAGUGACUGAGGACAAGGCCUCCAGCUCCCAUGUUGUCGUCCCUAUUCCCAGCAGCCUGGAGGAAGAGGAGUGGGUGCGUCCUGUGAUGAAGAGAGAUAAACAAGUGCUGCUCCACUGGGGCUAUUUCCCUGACAGUUAUGAUACCUGGAUCCCAGCCAGUGAGAUUGAGGCCGCUGUGGAGGAUCCUCCCAGCCCAGAAAAGCCCAGGAAGGUCCACGCCAAGUGGAUUUUAGACCUCGACCAGUAUAACGAGUGGAUGAAUGAGGAGGACUAUGAAGUGGGCGAGGGCUGCCCUAAGAGGAAGAGGAUCUCAGCCAAGACCCUGACGGACGAGGUGACCACGCCUGACGAGCGGAGGGACAAGAAGCCCGGCAGCGCCAAGAAGAGGAAGAGGUCGCCGUCGCCCUCCCCCACCCCUCCUCCCCAGGAGAGCAAGAAGAAGAAUACCAAAAAAGGGCCAACGACCCCGUACACCAAGUCCAAACGGGGCCAAAGGGAGGAAGAACAGGAGGAUCUUAGUAAAGACUUGGAUGAAGCGUCACCUAUCCCAGCAUCUGAAGAUGGAAACACACCUAAGACAAAUAACGCCAAGAAAGACUCUGAUUCAACUCCAGUCAAGGGGGGAACGGAUAUGGACGAGCAGGAGGAUGAGUCCAUGGAAACAACAGGAAAGGAGGAGGAGGAAGGCUCUCCGAGCGUGAAGGGGGAACCGGUGAAAGGCUCGGACCUUCACGAGGACAAUGUGACUGAGCAGACUCAUCACAUUAUCAUACCGAGCUAUGCUGCCUGGUUCGACUACAACAGUGUUCACGCCAUUGAGCGCAGAGCCCUGCCAGAGUUUUUCAAUGGGAAGAACAAAUCUAAAACCCCGGAGAUUUACCUGGCGUACAGGAACUUCAUGAUUGACACCUACCGACUGAACCCUCAGGAGUACCUGACCUCCACCGCCUGCCGCAGGAACCUGGCAGGAGACGUGUGUGCCAUCAUGAGAGUCCACGCCUUCCUGGAGCAGUGGGGCCUCAUCAACUACCAGGUGGACUCCGAGAGCCGACCCACACCUAUGGGUCCCCCGCCCACCUCUCACUUCCACGUCCUGGCAGACACUCCGUCCAGUCUGGUGCCCCUGCAGCCUAAGACGUCCCAGACCCCUGCUACCCAGCAGAUGAUGUCCUUCCCAGAAAAAGUGAAGGAGAAACCAGCAGAUCUGCAAAACUUUGGGCUGCGGACUGACAUGUACAGCAAGAAGACUAGCUCUACAAAGAGCAAGAGUGCAGCGAGCUCUAUGAGGGAGUGGACAGAACAAGAAACACUACUACUACUUGAGGGGUUGGAGAUGUACAAGGACGACUGGAACAAGGUUUCAGAACAUGUGGGCAGCCGUACGCAGGAUGAGUGCAUCCUUCACUUCCUGCGGCUGCCCAUCGAAGACCCUUACUUGGAGGACAACAACUCGUCUCUGGGCCCACUGGCCUACCAGCCGGUACCUUUCAGCCAGGCAGGAAACCCAGUCAUGAGCACAGUGGCUUUCCUCGCCUCCGUCGUCGACCCGCGUGUGGCUUCAGCUGCAGCGAAGUCUGCUCUGGAGGAGUUUUCUCGUAUGAAGGAGGAGGUUCCUGCAGCGCUGGUUGAGGCUCAUGUGCGGCGGGUGGAGGAGGCAGCGAGGGUCAGCGGCCGACAGGACCCGCUGUACGGCCUGGAGGGUAGCGGCAUCGCAGGCACCGGCCUGGAGGAGGGAGAAAGACCUGACGAAAGCAGUGAUGAAAGCAAGAGUGAAAGCCAAUCAGGCGAAGAGAAGAGGGAAACCAAGGACAACAAAGAUGGAGCAACUGAGGAAGAGGAGAAGCAGGCGGAGAAUGGGAAGAAGGAGGAAGAAAGAGGAAGAGAGCAAGAAGGAGAGAGGGAGCCGGACAAAACAGAGCCAGAGAUGGGCGAUGGGGAGAAAGAAAAGGAUGGAAAAGAGGUCACAGAAGAAGGACAAAGAGAAGCAGAGAGUGAAGGAGAGAGGAAGGCGAAGGUGGAGCGUGAUGUGGGAGAGGGGAACCUGGCCACAGCUGCUGCGUCCGCGCUCGCUGCUGCUGCUGUCAAAGCAAAGCACCUGGCUGCAGUGGAAGAGAGGAAGAUCAAGUCUCUUGUGGCUCUGCUGGUGGAGACCCAAAUGAAGAAGCUGGAGAUUAAACUGCGACACUUUGAAGAACUGGAAACCAUCAUGGACAGAGAGAGGGAGGCUUUGGAGUACCAGCGUCAGCAGCUGCUGGCUGACCGUCAGUCCUUCCACAUGGAGCAGUUGAAAUACGCUGAGAUGAGGGCACGCCAGCAGCACUUCCAGCAGAUUCAGCACCAACAGCACAGCCAGGCCGGGGGCCCUCACGCCAACCAGGCCGCCGCAGCCCAGCCGCCCCAGGGCCCGACCGCAGGCCAGCAAGCUCCCAGCACACCAGCGCCGCAGCCGGCCCCCAGCCCCGCGCCUCAAGCCUCAGCCGCUGCCCCGGCCCCGGAGUCCCAACCGCCUCAGAGUGCUCACACCUCGCCCCCCUGCCCGCCAGGCGCCACCCCAGCUGCCCACUCCAGCUCCAGCUCCAGCACUACUCCUGUCCUCCAUGAGCCCACCGCCCCUCUUCCCGGGGAGACGCUCCAACCCUCGGCUCCAGUCCCUCCUCCACAGUGAGAGAAAAACACAUUGCUUGAGAAUCCGAAUGACUCUGACCACUUUGAAUCCUGCCGGUAUCAUCCGAAAUGAAGAAGUAAGAAGUCACAAAUUGAAGGAAUGGAACACAAUUUACAUGUUCAGCUCUUUUUUUUUCUUCUUUUUUUUUCCAACAAGGACAAUUGAUGCGAGAAAAAAUGAUUAUGUCUAAAUCAAACCAGCUCUACUUAGACUCUGCUGAAAAAUAAGUCCCUUUUAAAUUGAAUCUGCCAAUGAAGAAAAUGUACUUUCAAACUGAAGCUCUUCAUCCUGUGCGGCCGAUUGGACGGCAACACGUCACUUCAUAAUUUUGAGAUUGUUGUGAACUAAGAGGGUCUUACCAACAUGCUGCCACUCAAGGAGAAGAAAAGACUCAUCUCGUGUUUUCAGUGUUUUGGAAAUUGUUGCAUUUAUUUUCUGCAACAUUUUGUCACAACUUGUGAAGUCCUGUGCUUCAGAAUCUCUCCAGAGUCCCCACCCCCUUUUACUGUAGGUACUAAUUAAAAUAUAUGUAAGAAAAAAAUGCACUUUUACCAUGUUUCCCAAGGUCCCAUUGAAAGACUUGAAGCAUCCAAGAAAUUGAACUUUAGCACUUAUAUCGCCCUUUUGUUGUCUUAAAUACUUUUUCAUGCUGAAGGUUUUGGAAACUUGAUUGGAAAUGUUACUUUUUUCCUCUCUAUUUUUAUUUGUAUUGCAUGGAGAAGCGGUCACUCUACAGGGUCGGGCCUGAAGGUCACGUGUCGAGAACCAACUAAAUGUCUGUAAUGAAUAAAAAACAAAUCGGAAGCCAGUUGGAAAUCAAGUUGGUUUGGAUGCAGUUUGAGAUAAUGUACUGUAAACUGGAUUUUCUGUUACAAACACACCUUUUGUUGCCCUGUAAUGAUAAUGUUUAAAAGUACUGACAGCAUGAGAUCAUCUUUAAAAGACGUCUCUUUAAAUAAAUCUUAAUAAUGUCCCUCAUUUCAACAGCACUUAGAGGAAAACACGUCAUGUUUUUCAAAGCGUGAUGAAUUCAAAGCAUCCAGGUUGUAGUUUUUGCGAGGAAUGUAGUUUUAUUGAAAAGGAAUGACUGAAAGUCUGGGGAAUAAUAAUUCUAUCAGCGACCGCAUAAGUGUUUUAUUCAUAAUUUGUGUUACUUGCUAAACCAAAAUGUUUUUAUAAUCUUGUUUAUCUCACAUUUAUUCAGUGAGUUUUAUUGUGGUUGCUUUGGAAAUUAAGAGCUUGUUUUUUGCUGGUGCAUUUCAAGUUACACAUGGAAGAAAUGUGAA